UGAGACAUUACAUUCCUAAAUUAACGUUUAAUAAUCUUUCUGUUUGUUUUAUGAUAUUUAAAGACAAAUGUUAGCUUAAAUUCUGAAAUAACACAAAUGUUAGCUCAUUAAAUGUUGACUGAAUUUUUAGUUUAGCUGAUUUUCAUAAACGGUGUGGAGAUUUGGGUUCCGGUCUUCCGCUCCGUUAAACCGUGCCCGCCCCUCUCACGCUCCCAGCAUCCGGCUCUCCGCCUUCCUGAGUCACCGUGUAGAACCGGAACGGUACCGGAGCUGUCCCUGUUCUCCUGCUCGGUUCCUCUGGUGAAGACAGUCGAUGACUCAGGUAGCUACGGGACGUGCUGACAUGACAGCUCUGGUCCCUCCUCCUGCAUCGCCGUACAACAAGAGGCGUUCUUCUCCAUCCCAGUCGCCGUCCAGUCCCACAGAGCUGUCCCAGGUGCUGCAGGAUAAAGAUCGCCGCGUUCAGCAGCAGCUGGAGCGCUGCGCCGAGGAGAGAGGGAGGAAGAUGGAGGAGCAGAGGAGGAAGGAGCAGCAGCGCCGGGCAGCAGCCGAGGAGAAGAGGAGGCAGCAGCAGGAGGCAGAAAAGGUCAGAGGUCAUGCCACCCUAUUGAUCCAAUCACAUCGAUGUGUGUGUGUGUGUGUGUGUGUGUGUGUGUGUGUUUGACUGAACCUCUCUGGGUCUGAUUCAGUACCACCUACAAAGAUGGCCGCCACAGCUGAUCAACAUCAGUGUCUCAGUCAGUUUACCAGACAUGGAGCUCAAACUUCACACGUCAGCUUAGCGUCUCUUCCAAAAAGUCGUUUAAACCUGUUGUUUAGACUUUCUGUCCUCCUCCUCCUCAUCAUCCUCAUCAUCAUCAUCAUCAUCAUCAGAAGGUCUCUCUGCCAAACAUCAAACCAACAGUUUUGCUCCACAGUCGGUGUGACUUCAGGAGUCGUUAGAGUCAACCAGAGUCUGAGGAGGAAGCGGAUGAUAAAUGAUAAAUGACCCGCACUUGUAUAGCGCCUCUCAGAGUCAGGACUCCAAAGCGCUUUACACUACAGUGUAUCAUUCAUCCAUUCACACACUGGUGGGGAUGAGCUACGAUGUAGCCACAGCUGUCCUGGGGCGCACUGACAGAGGCGAGGCUGCCGAGCACUGGCGCCACCGGUCCCUCCGACCACCACCAGCAGGCAAGGUGGGUUAAGUGUCUUGCCCAAGGACACAACAGCAGAAUUCUCCGUCCAGAGCCGGGAUCGAACCUGCAACGUUCCGAUUACUGGACAACCCACUCAACCUGUUGAGCUACUGCUGUCCCAAUGAUUAAAGCCGACGCUACAACCAGCUCAGUGGUCUAGUGGCAGAGUGUCCUCCCUGAGACUGGGAGAUCAGGGUUCGAUUCCUGGUCGGGUCACACCAAAGACUUUAAAAAACUGUGACCCAAUACCUCCCUGCUUGACACCCAGCAUUAAGGGUUGGAUUGGCGGUUAAUCCACCAAAUGGUUCCCGAGCGCGGCCGUGUCUGCAGCUCACCGCUCCCCCAGGGGAUGGGGAACAUGCAGAGAACAAACUUUGCUCACACAUCAGUGUGUGUGGCAACUAUUUGGAUGAUGAUGGUGCUGCUGCUGCUGCUGAUGAUGAUGAUGAUGGUGCUGAUGAUGAUGAAGAAAAUAUCAUUUCUAUAGCACCUCAAGAUAAAAACUCACGAGGCGCUUCACAAAAACAAAAAAUGUAAAAAUAUAAAAAAGAAUUUAGAAAAUGUUUUAAAAUAUAUUUUAAAUGAGCAAAAAAUAGACAA